GGGCGGGGCGGGGGCGGUUUAAAGGCGGCGGCGCGGCGGGGGCCGGCGGUGGCGGGGCGGGCGGAGGCGCGGUCGGGCGCGGAGCGUGAGCGGCUGGGAGGAUGCUGAAGAGCUGCGGGAGGAAACUGCUCCUGUCCCUCGUGGGCUCCAUGUUCACCUGCCUCCUGGUGCUCAUGGUGGAGCCGCCGGGGAGGCCGGGGCUGGCCCGGGGGGAGGCCGGAGGGGCGCAGCGGGCGCUGCAGAGCCUGGGGGCGGCGGCGGCCCCCGCGGCGGCUCAGGGUCCCCCCGGGCUCCGCAGCUUCGCCGACUACUUCGGGAGGCUGAGCCGAGCCCGGCGGGAGCUGCCCGCCGCCCCGCCGAGCCCCCCGCGGCCGCCGGCCGAGGACAUCUCCCCCCGGGAUGUCUUCAUCGCCGUUAAGACCACCAAGAAGUUUCACAAGGCGCGGCUGGAGCUGCUGCUUGACACCUGGAUCUCCCGCAACCGCGACAUGACCUUCAUCUUCACGGAUGGGGAGGAUGAGGAGCUGAAGAAGCAAGCACGAAAUGUCAUCAACACCAACUGCUCGGCUGCCCACAGCCGCCAGGCCCUGUCCUGCAAGAUGGCCGUGGAGUACGACAAGUUCAUCGAGUCCGGCAGAAAGUGGUUCUGCCACGUGGACGAUGACAACUACGUGAACGUGCGGAUGCUGGUAAAGCUGCUCUCCAGCUACCCCCACACGCAGGACAUCUACAUCGGGAAGCCCAGCCUGGACCGGCCCAUCCAGGCUACGGAGAGGAUCAGCGAGAACAAGAUGCACCCUGUGCAUUUCUGGUUUGCCACGGGCGGAGCUGGGUUUUGCAUCAGCCGGGGGCUGGCACUGAAGAUGAGCCCGUGGGCCAGCGGGGGCCACUUCAUGAGCACUGCGGAGAAGAUCCGCCUGCCCGACGACUGCACCAUCGGCUACAUCAUCGAGUCCGUGCUGGGGGUGAAGCUCAUCAGGAGCAACCUCUUCCACUCACACCUGGAGAACCUUCACCAGGUGCCCAAGACAGAGAUCCACAAACAGGUGACACUAAGCUACGGCAUGUUUGAAAACAAGCGCAACUCCAUCCACAUGAAGGGAGCCUUCUCCGUCGAGGAGGACCCAUCCAGGUUUCGCUCUGUGCACUGCCUGCUGUACCCCGACACGCCGUGGUGCCCCGCCAACGUGGUUUACUAGGGAGGCGUGUGUCCCCUCCAACCUCGUCCCGAAUUUCCCCGGUAUCCGACGGGCGUGCGGGACCUGCGUGCGGGUGUGUCGGUCCGGCCUCACCGCCAGGCGGACGGACGGACGGACGGACGUCGUUGCUGUGGUAUUGCACAGUGUGUGUGUGUGUGUACUGAAGGCUGCUGUGCGGCCCCUUGUCCCCUGCCCGGCUGCCCGUGCCCGCUGCCUGCUCUGGCCAGGACAGUGGAGAGGGACGGGUCCUGAGCACUUAACCGUUGGGCACCCCCACAGCGCUGGUGGGCCCCACGCCAUGCGUGGGGAGCGACCACAGGCACUGCGGGGCUCUGCCUCCCCCGGGCUUGCUUCUCCUGUUUUGUGUUGGGUUUUUUUUGUUUUGUUUUGUUUUUCCUUUCAAAUUUUUUGGUGUGUGCCUCCCCACCUUUGCCUCUACCCCGCCCCUGCUCCUCAUAACCCCUCACCGGCCCCAUCCUCUCUCCCAGCCCCAAAAUCUCAGCAGCAAAGCUCCAGCUCCCAAUUCGGAUGAAGGGGGACUAGUGAGUUUUGCCCCAUGGCUCGCAGGCAGGCAGAGGGUGGGCAGGGGCAGCCUCCCGGCCCUGGCAAAUGCUGCUCCAGGGUGCUGCAAAGCUACUGGGUGCUCCACGGCCACGCUGGAUGGAGACAGUGGGGCGGGCUGCAAGCUGGCGUUGGCAUUAGCUCCAUUUCCUGGAGCACCCCCCCCCCUCCCCUCAUCUGGCUGUACCGUUGCCAGCAGCAUCGAUCUAUGCACUAUUUAUAGAGACUAAUGUAAAGACUUUCUAUAAAUACGAGGGGCAGGAGGAGGGCUUUGCCAGAGCAGCACUGUGUUUGGACAGGGUCUCCCUUCAGUGCCGCCCUGCGCCUUUGUAAAGGAGCACUUGGUGGUCUGGCCGGGGGCUGUGUGGGGGUGUGCGUCCCCCCUCGCCCUCUGCCAUGGGGCCAGAGCAUCCUUCAGCCCUGGCCUGGCUGUAGGUGCUGCUGAGUGGCCGGAGAACCCGAGAGGCACCUGGCCAAGGGGGGGGCAUCUGCCAGGGGUGGGCAGCAUUUCCCAGCCUGGCUUUUGCUCUCUCCCUGCCAGGGAGGGAAAGACACUCCACAUCCCCCCCCCAGUCACCCUGCCUGCCACCACCGGCCCUGUGCCCCUGUGGUAACUGGGCUGAGCCGGAGCUGAACGUUUUCAACCCAAAGCUGAGUGAAAAUAGCCCAUAAUGGGUGCGUUGUAAAUAUGUUAUUGCGCCAGUAUUUUUUUUACUGUGCCUUUUUUUUAAGAAAAAAAAAAAAAAACACAUGUUGAGAAAUAUGUAGAUUUUAAAAUGCUUUUUAUACAUUUUCUGUGGAUCAGAAAAAAAAAAUCCCCAACCUUUGAUAAUCUGUUUAAGAAAGAAAGAAAAAAAAAAAAUGCGAUGUCUUGUAACUAUCACUUACCUUAAUUUAUAUGUUCCAGUAUCUGGAACAUCACUUUGUGCUUUUUGUAACUAGGAUGUGUUUAAAGCAAUAGAUGUGGGAUGGGGAACCAGCAUGGACAGCGUGUGUUCUCAGGGACUUGAACCCGAUCGCUGCCACGGGGUUCCCGUGGGAGCCAUCACCAAUAAAGCAGCUUUUUUGCUGACCACAGUCACCUGG